GUCCUGCAAGAGAGUGAGUGAGCACUACUCUAUCUCUAUGCUGCGCGCCUGCGACGAGAGGAGAGGAGGAUGGGCUGUUGCUGUUCUGUUUGUUUUACUACUACUAUACUACUAGUACAACCACCCCUGCCUCCCGUCUCGUUUUCCAUUCCUUGUCUUCCCCGCACCGCACCCGCAUCCGCAUGCACCAAUCGCCACCAGCGACCGCCCCGCGGCUGUGCCUGUGGGUGCGCGCGUUCGUUGUCCCCUCCACGUCCACCGGAAAGCUACGCCUCCCCCACCGCCUCCUCUAGCGUCUCGGCCCGUCUCCCUCUCACUCUCUCUCGCUCUCGCUCUCUCUCUCCGUGGGUGAUGCGCUCAGCCGACCUCUUCUGACCGGCGGAGUGGCUGCGCUCGCCGGUCACCCAUGGCUAUGGCGGGCGCCGGCGCGGCGGCGGCGGCGGCCAAGAGGUGCAUGAACCCGGCCUGCGGCGCGCUGCCGGCGUCAUCUGUGGUGGUCGGGGCGGGAGGGGACUGGAGGAAGGGCUGGCCGCUGCGAUCCGGAGGCUUCGCCCUGCUCUGCGACAAGUGUGGGUUGGCAUAUGAACAGUUCGUGUUUUGUGAUAUAUUUCACCAAAAGGAAUCAGGAUGGAGAGACUGCUCAUUUUGUGGCAAGCGCCUCCAUUGUGGAUGUGUUGCUUCAAAGAACUCUUAUGAUCUACUUGACAGUGGAGGAAUUCAAUGUGUCACUUGCAUGAAAAAUUCAGCAGCUCAGUCUGCUUCUGGACAAGUGGUUCCAAAGCUCUUUCCAUGUCCAAACAAUCUGCUGUUUUUUGGUAAAAGCGACGAGUUAUUGUCAAGCAGAAAAUUUGAACAACCACCCUCUCUUAUGUUGGAUUCCAGAAAUGAUGAUAUUGCUAUUGUAAAUAAGAGUAGUCACCUGUUCAUGGUAAGCGGCAUAGAGGCUGGACAGAGCAGUAACAUCUUGAGACAAAAAGAGAUAGAGAAUGGUCCAAGGCAGAUUAAAUGGGAACAACCAACCCUUAAUAUUGGGGACAUGGGAAGACCUUUACUAACUAGGUCUCAAAGUGCAUUAGAGUCACCUCAGUGUACUCGAAGAGAUGACAAUAAGGAUCCAACUACAGAUAGCACAACAAGUGAAUCGUUUCCAGAGGCAUGUCUGAGCAUGAACCUAGGUAUUGCAAACAAUGGAAACAGGAUGGAGGCUACUUCAACAGCGGAAAGACCUAUGCUAUCGCCAACGACAGCCAUUGCUGAAGGAAGAGAACUUACCACUGCACUGUCCCCCUUUCAGCACGCACAAAGGGCUCGGCAUUUCCUGACCAGACCACCAAGGGUUGGUGAGGGUGCAGCUUUUGAUCCAACUAGAGACAUGUUUCCGCAUCUUCGUGUUGCUAGGCCACCUGCUGAAGGAAGGGGCCGCAAUCAAUUACUUCCUCGGUAUUGGCCAAGAAUAACAGACCAAGAGCUGCAACAAAUAUCUGGAGAUUCAAAUUCCACAAUCGUUCCAUUGUUCGAGAAGGUCCUGAGUGCGAGUGAUGCAGGCCGCAUAGGGCGCCUUGUUCUUCCAAAAGCUUGUGCCGAGGCAUAUUUUCCCCCAAUUUCUCAACCAGAAGGACGCCCCUUGACAAUUCAAGAUGCAAGAGGAAAAGAAUGGCAUUUUCAGUUUAGGUUUUGGCCAAAUAAUAACAGCAGAAUGUAUGUCUUGGAGGGUGUUACACCAUGCAUACAAUCAUUGCAAUUACAAGCUGGCGAUACAGUGACCUUUAGUCGUAUAGAUCCUGGAGGGAAACUUGUUAUGGGCUUUCGGAAGGCCACAAAUACUGACUCACAGAUUUCAGCUAUUGCGAAUGGUUCCCUUCUCAGUGAGACACUCUUUUCUACUGCAAAUGAAAGCAUAGGAGUAGUAAGUGGUUAUCCUGGAUUUCUUCACUCAAUAAAGGGAGCUGCAGAUUUCCAUCCAAGCUCUCUAUAUGAUCAUCAUAUUAACUCAGCUGACGGGGAUGUCAGUUGGAAUAAGGCAGAUAAAUUUGGCAGCAGGCCAGAUGAGGGGUCUUUGCAAUUUCUACAAAAACGAAGUCGCAAUAUUGGUUCCAAAAGCAGGAGGUUCUUAAUCGACGCUGAAGAUGCCAUGGAACUAAAGCUUACCUGGGAAGAAGCUCAAGAGUUGUUGCGCCCUGCUCCCACUGCAAAACCAACUGUUGUGAUGAUUGAGGACUAUGAAUUUGAAGAAUAUGAUGAACCCCCUGUCUUUGCAAAGAGAUCAAUUUUUACCAUCCGUGCAACAGGGGAACAAGACCAGUGGAUUCAAUGUGACGAGUGCUCAAAAUGGCGCCGGUUGCCUCUUAAUGUUAUUGUUGCAUCCAAAUGGACAUGCACCGACAACUCAUGGGACCCAAAAUGCUGCUCCUGCUCUGCGCCUGAAGAGUUGACCCCAAAAGAGUUGCAAAGUGUUAUGCAGCAGUAUGAAGAAAUGAGGAGGCGAAAGGGCAGCUAUGGUCUGAAGCUGAAUGUCGCUGAAAUGGAUGCAUCCAGCUUUGACGCCUUGGCCACGGGUGCAGUAUUCGGUGAAGUCGGGAACCAAGGUACGGCUUCAGUCGCGACGACCACAAGGCACCCCAGGCAUCGCCCCGGCUGCACAUGCAUCGUGUGCAUCCAGCCACCCAGUGGCAAGGGCCCGAAGCACAACCCUGCGUGCACCUGCAACGUGUGCAUGACGGUGAGGCGCCGGUUCAAGACACUGAUGAUGAGGAAGAAGCAGCGGCAGUCGGAGCGAGAGGAGGCGGAGGCAAGCAAGAAGAUCGCGUGGGUGAACAGAGACGAGCCCGAGGGGAGCAGCCUGUCGAGAUCCCCGCAGACGCUGGACACGACCCGAGACAGCAGCGAUGUCACCAUGUUCGACAAGGUGGCCGCCGACGUGAACAAGGGGCACAUCGACCUCAACUUCCACCCUGCAGCCCCUGCCGUCCGUGGCGCUGGCGACCAGGGACAGAAUGGCGCGCAGCAGCCCCGGGCGGUGAGCAUGAUGGGCCUCCUGGAAGUGGCGAGCCGGCCCCUUGAUAACUACAUGAAGCAGAACGGCCUGACGAGCCUGGCGGGGGAGCAAGGAGGUGGCAGCUCCAGCACGGCCACGGUCCCGCCGGCUCCAGUGGAGAGUGAGGACCGGACGUCCGAUGAGGGCCGUGUCGCGUCAGCAGAGCGGGAAGCAGACGCCAUGGCCAUCGACGAGGCCGGCGAGAACCAGCAGGACAAGCCUGCCGACUCUGCCGCUGCCGCUGCUACUUGACGGCGUGCGUCUGUUGUGAAAGUGACUGAUGGGUGUUGUCAGCGUGCUUUGAUGUGCGUAUCUUAUCGGCUCCUCUUGGUUUUUUUUUCUUUUCUUUCAGGAAUAGCUGGUGAGUUUUUGAUGUGAAAGUUCUAAACUAAAUUUCUGUAGGGUUUCAAGGUGUUGCUCCUGGAGGCUGGAGUUACUUACGUGUACGUAUGAGGCUGUGCAACCAACCCCCAGGUUGUAUGUUGUAGAAGUUCUGUAAACCACGAUGCUCUUGUGUUGGUUGCUGCUGUAAUCUAAAAACGCUUAGACCUUUGGAUUCAAUAACUCACCACAUACUUGAUCUGUACUGUACAUCUCAUCUAAGACAUCUUUUGGAAAACAGGAAUUUCACAGGA